AUGGCCUCACGCAACUCGUGAGCCCAGAGCAUCUACCCAGGAAAUACACGCUCGCUUCCUGACUGACCUUGGCCCCCGCCGUUUGCUCAGCAAAACGGACCUGAUCGUCCGAGUGCGCUACCAGCAGAAGCUACCUCCGGUCAGUUGGCUGACGGUGUCCCGCGUCCCUGCCCGGUAGCUCGUCCUGACUUGUGCAGAUCCAUGCCUGACAUCCAACAGCCGCCAUUCCCACCUCGACUGCUGCACAUCCCGACGAGCCCUCAUCGGUAUGCGGAGGCGGGUGCGCUCAACGCGCUCGCCUCGGAGCGGGAGGUGCCCAUGAUUCUCGAUGGCGAACUCGGUCUUCCUCUCGAGUUGGGCAAGAUCCCCGAUGGAGCUUAUGGGGAUGGAGAGGAGGAGUACUGGAUUGGGAACCGAGCGGGUACGUCGUACGAUGCUCUGGCUAGGCGCGGUGCUCUGACCGCGGCAAGCGAUCUUGCUGCUUCCCCGCCGCAUUGGGUUCAAAGAACUGACCCAAUAUGUGGUUUACUUCCAAAAGCUAUCGUUCCCACCGGUCCGGUACCCACACCACACGAAGAAGAUCUCUUCCUCCUCGGCGACGUCGCAGCGGCCGGACCAUCCUCGGCCUCGUCGUCGUUCGUCGGAACUCCGGGCCUCAUCCCACCCGGGGGAGGGACCCCAGCGAUGGGCGAGAGGAGGAAGGUCGAUGUCAGUUGGUUGAGGAGGACCGAAUACCUCAGUUCGGAUCCCGGGUCCAAGGUAUUGACCGAUAAGCAAGCACCGAGGUGAGUCGACCGAUCUUGGGUUCAAGUCUUGCGCAGUCGCUAUCCACAAUGCAUCGCUCAUCCCCCCCCCCCUGACCCUUCCCGAAAAGUGCGCCCAAAACGGACGAACCUCUCCUCGAUUCGUUAUCCCGAGACGCACGAGCCAAAACGAUCGCUUCGACUUUCACCGCCGCUCAUAUCCCCUUGUCCGAACUGCGUCACCCUUCGAAAGCCCAUCUCCGAGCCGAAGAAGCGUGGGACGUACUCCCCGAUGCCGAACUAUGGCCCAAUCAACUCAACCUCGUUCGAUUCGGGGAAGAUCCGGGAGAACGAGCGGAGAAGGAAGGGACCAAUGCGGUCGGGACGGGUGGGGGACAUGGGUUCUUGGACCCGAGGUUACCGAGGGCGUUGUUCCGACCUGUCGAGUUGCCGGAGGAUGAUAAUAGGGUCGGGUACUAUUUGCCCGUUUCGGAUCAGGUUGCGCAGGCGUAUACGAAGAAGAGGGAGAGGGUACUGGACGACGACGACGAAGAGGAGGGAGGAGGAGGAGCGGAGGAGGAUGAAGGCUUUGAAUUCGUCCAUGUGCGCGAUUACGAGAUCACGACCACCCGGACCUUGGUCGGCGAAUACGUCUUUGUUGUCCAUGAUGGGCUCGGGAAGGAACCGGAUCAGGGUGGUGAGACCGUUACUUCUACGGGGGAGAAGGAGGAGGAGGUCGGCAAUGGGGGAGGGGGGAAGAAGAGGGCUAGAGGGGCGUAUUUCACGCCGGUCAAGAUGGCGCAGACGUUGAGGAAACGACGACCGAGGGUGAGUUUUACGCUUAGGGAUGUCCCGAUUCACUCAAAGCUGAUGGAGGGUCUCUUUCAUCUUUGAUUCUUACAGCGAGGAGAAGACCCGACCGUAUUUGCGCAUGACCCCGAUCGGUCCGAGGAAGACCAGUUGGUGUUUUGGGACAAGAUCCAAGUCAAGGUCACGCCGAUCGACGAGGUGCUGCCCGAAGCGGAGAAGGAGGAGAGAGAGAAAGAAUUGAGGACGGUGUUGGAACCGCCGAGGAGGGUUUGA